GCGGCCGGCGUCGCCGCCUCCUCGUCGGGCCGGGCACGGCGGGCCGGGGCCUUUGUGUGAGGCGGCGGCGGCGAUGGUGCUCGGGCCCCGCGGAGCCGGAUUGACCUUGCUGACACGGAGGCGACUUCCUAGGAGCUGCUAAGAUGGGCAUGAGGAUCAAACUGCAAAGCAGCAACCACCCCAACAACCUGCUGAAGGAACUGAACAAGUGCCGGCUGUCAGAGACCAUGUGCGAUGUCACCAUCGUGGUGGGGAGCCGCUCCUUCCCCGCCCACAAAGCCGUGCUGGCCUGCGCAGCUGGCUACUUCCAGAACCUCUUCUUGAAUACCGGGCUAGACGCUGCGCGGACCUACGUGGUGGACUUCAUCACUCCUGCCAACUUUGAGAAGAUCCUGAGCUUUGUAUAUACAUCAGAGCUUUUCACAGACCUGAUCAACGUUGGGGUCAUCUAUGAGGUCGCCGAGCGUCUGGGAAUGGAGGAUCUGCUCCGAGCCUGCCAUUCCACUUUCCCUGACCUAGAGAGCACUGCCAUAGCUAAGUCUUUGACCAGCACCAGUGACAGCCAGUGUGUCUCUCUGAGCUGUCCUUCAGUAGAUCCCACUCACCCCCUUGGAGAGCUCCGGAGGAGUGGGGAACACUUUGGUCCCGAUCGAAACUAUGUGUUGCCUACUGAUGCAGGAGGAAGCUACAAAGAGGAAGAGCGGAGUGUUGCGGGUGACACUAAUCAUGCCUUGCCCCUGCCACAGCUGCCACUGCCACCAAAGUCAGAAGACCACGACGCCCCCGUUCCCUUCACGUCUGUUCCUAGUAUGGUGACCCCACCACCAGUCCUAGGCACGGUGAGCACAGGCAUCCAGACCAGCACGAGUUCUUGCCAGCCAUACAAAGUUCAAAGCAAUGGAGACUUCAGUAAAAGCAACUUCUUCGCCUCUGAUAAUGCCGUAGACAUUACAACCCAGACCAAUUCCUGUCUGAGCAAUAGUGACCACUCCAGAGAUCCAGGCUUUGGACAGAUGGAUGAGCUCCAGUUGGAGGACCUGGGGGACGAUGAUCUGCAGUUUGACGACCCGGCUGAAGAUAUCGGGACCACGGAGGAGGUGAUUGAGUUGAGUGACGACAGCGAGGACGACCUGGCUUUCGGUGACAGUGACAACCGGGAGAAUAAAGCCAUGCCCUGCCAGGUGUGCAAGAAGGUUCUAGAGCCGAACAUUCAGCUGAUACGGCAGCACGCGCGGGACCACGUAGACUUGCUCACGGGCAACUGCAAGGUCUGUGAGACCCAUUUUCAGGACCGAAACUCCCGCGUGACCCAUGUCCUGUCUCACAUCGGCAUUUUCCUGUUUUCCUGUGAUAUGUGUGAGACAAAGUUCUUCACCCAGUGGCAACUGACCCUGCACCGGCAGGAUGGGAUAUUUGAGAACAACGUGAUUGUCCAUCCUAAUGAACCCCUGUCUGGGAAACUGGGUCUCUUUCCAGGGGCAGCCUCCCCAGAGCUGAAAUGUGCUGUCUGUGGGAAAGCGUUGGCCAAAGAUUUCCAUGUGGUCCGCGGCCACAUCCUCGAGCAUGUGAACUUGAAGGGCCAGUCCUGCAGUGUCUGUGAUCAGCGUCACCUCAACCUAUGCAGCCUCAUGUGGCACACGCUCUCCCAUCUGGGCGUUUCAGUCUUCUCCUGUUCAGUCUGUGCGAGUAGCUUUGUGGACUGGCACCUUCUAGAGAAGCACGUGGCCGUGCACCAGAGCCUAGAGGAUGUCCUGUUCCGCUGCCACUUGUGCAACCAGAGCUUCAGGUCGGAGGCAGCCUGCCGCUACCACGUCAGCCAGCACAAGUGCAGCAGUGGCCUUGACACACGGCCCGGUUUGGGGCUACCACACCUAGCCCUCCAGAAGCGGAAGCUGCCCGCUGAGGAGUUUCUGAGUGAGGAGCUGGCUCUGCAGGGCCAACCUGGGAAUAGUAAGUACAGCUGCAAGGUCUGUGGCAAAAGGUUUGCUCACACGAGUGAGUUCAACUACCACCGGCGGAUCCACACGGGUGAGAAACCUUACCAGUGCAAGGUUUGUCACAAAUUUUUCCGAGGUCGCUCGACCAUCAAGUGCCACCUCAAGACGCACUCAGGGGCACUUAUGUACCGCUGCACAGUCUGUGGCCACUACAGUUCCACCCUCAACCUCAUGAGUAAACACGUCGGUGUGCACAAAGGCAGCCUUCCACCCGACUUCACCAUCGAGCAGACCUUCAUGUACAUUAUACAUUCCAAAGAGGCUGAAAAGAACCCGGACAGCUGACUGGGCCCCAGCAGAGCCAGAGGGAGCUCCCAGGUGGCAGCCAGGAUAGUGAUCUUCUAAAGGCUGUUGGUCCUUCCCCAGCUGACUCUGCAGCUUGCCUUGUCUGUGUGUGGAGAGACGAGAUAGCACAUAAGCUGUUACUGUGUUUGAGAGGCAACAGCCUGUUACAUUUACCUCUGUACCUAUUGUUGCCCACAAAGGGCUGUGUCUUGAUGAUUUUGAGGCUGGCUUUUAGGAUCUAGUCAAGUGGCCGUGUUAACUAGGUCCCCUUUGCCAGUUUCUCUAGUUUUAGUUUACUGAUAGGUUUUUAUGCUGCUCAGAGUCCGACCAACAGCCUCACUCGAUGGGGUUUUCACUGUGGCUGUGACCGCCAGUCUUCGGCAGGACGACAGCUAUGAGAAGGUUUGGGGAAUGUGGUCAUUCAGAAGGGACUAGCGGCAAGGCAGUUCAUCUCGGGUUCCCAUGCCCUCCUUAGCAGGGGCAAGGUGUCAGGAGCGGAGGGCACUCCUUGCUCCACAGCUCGGAUCUCCUGAUUGGACGGUGAAAGUCUCUUGGCAGCUAGAUCCAAACCGGGGACCACGCUUUCUGUUUAGGUUGGAAAGCUUUGGGUAUCCCAUGGUGCCACCAGACGGAGCAGCCUGGAUGAGUGGAAGAAGGGUUCUUCCUUUCUCCUCAUUUCCAAAGAAUCGCGGUUUUGUAGAGUGAGAACCCUGGAUGUCAAACCUUCUGUCAAGAGCAGAGAGGACAGAGAGCCACACCAGUGUAGUUGUCUGCCAUCUGGCUACCUCCUUAACCUUGUGUCUCCUGGGCACGGAGGAGAUGUCUCAGCAGCAGUCUUGCCUUAAUUUACACCGAGUCUCCCACUCAGGACGGUUUGACCUGCAGUGUAGCUGAGAAGACCGUGUGAGUUUGUGGUGGAUCAUGAGCCCUUAUGGAUGAAAGGAACCUGAGUAACUGGGGGCGUCUAGCAGGGUGUGCAUUCUGACUACCCCAGUUGGGUAGCUUGUUUACUUCGUGGUAACAGUGUGGGAGUUUGGCAGUUCACCUGCUGGAAUUAUCCUGAUCUGUCAUUGCAUCACCCCCAGGGGGCGCCCUUGGAUAGUAGCUGGCUUAGGCCUUCCAUGCGGCUGUUUGGUUUCAUUCUUAGUCUAUGAAGGGGUCUUGCCCAAAAAAGGCUGGAGAGGACCCUUGAUCUUGCAUACUUAUAAGACGGCACUUCAGUAGCUCAUACUACCUCACCCUGCUCAGGUGAGCUCUAAAGAGUCCCUAAUUUUGGGCCCAGCCACCGACACUGCCCCUGUGGGACUCAGCAGCGCUCUGGGCUGUUUCAUAAGCAAGUGGUUUUAAUUAACUUACAAAGCCUUUCUAGACAUUAAUAUUUAUUUUAUUAUUAUUUUUUUGUUCGGUUUGCUAUACGUACUACCCAGCAUCUCUUCAAUAAGUGACUUUAGGAAAAUUAGUUUCUCUCAAGCAAGGAGCCACAUUCCAACAGAUGCCUGUGGAGAGGAGAACAGGGGUGUAACUAGCAGCACAGUUUCUCCAAGUAUAGUCUCUAGCAGAACAAACUCAGAUCAGUCACAGGAAGAAGGUUUUUGCACAAUUUUUUAUCCUUCCGACGUGGGGAGCCUCCUAUCCAUAGGUAUAUUAAGACACAGAGGCAAACCAAAGCAGUUGGGCCGACUGACUGCCUCCUUCCCUAGCUGUGAAUCAGUAUCCAGGACCUUCCUGGGAGGCCAGAUGAUGCAGCUCGAACAGUUAAGGACACCCCUCACCAUCUAAACGUGGUGUUUCCACUGGGAAGUCAGUCGUUGCUGUAGCUAUUAGUGUCUGACUUAGAAUUUACACUGGCGAUGUGUGACACAGCACAGUUACAGAUCUCUGAGCUUUCUAAGCUCUCCCUCCCUAGACUGCUGCAGAGGAGUGAGUGUUGAUUGGUUAACUAGAGACCGGUCUCUGAGAGCGGAGAAACCCUUUUUCUUAGCGUAUGGCAUUGUGGAUGCUGGGUGGUCUGUGUACUUAACCUGAAACUGUGAAGUUUUCCCUUUUUGCCAUAAACCAAAAAACAGAUCUUUGAAGUUUUGCCCUUGAAACACUAAAACACAAACUGUAUCUUCUGAUCCCUUCAGGUUGACUGAUCAGGGAGAUCCAGUUGGUCCCAGUCAGACGUGUAGCAACGGGACCGGUAGCUCAUGAGGCUGAUUGACCAGACCAUACCUCUCCAGGUAGCCCCAUGUUCGCUGUCUCCAUCUGUGUGAAGUUGUACUUGCUUUCCCUGCAGCUAGUUCCUCCUACUCCAACACGGGUGGUAGUGAAGGAUGCUCCAGGACACCUGGUGGGAGGUGUUAACUUUAUUUUGCAUUUUUAAUUUAACACCCAUUUGAGUUCAUCCCCAGCCCCCACCCCUGGAUUUCCAUCCAGCACUAUCCCCUGCUGUGUCUCCACUGUAGAGUUCUCUUUGACCUUUGUCCCAUCUUUGCCUGAGUCCUCCCCCUGUUGCCGCCCCCAACCCCAACUUUUGUUUUGUUCAGAACCCUCAUUCAGCAACUCUUAGGAGUGUCUAGUUGGCUAUUUGAAGAACAUUAAGCCAGAGUUUGGGGACUUCCCUAGCUUGUGUCCUAAGGGGAAAUUGUAGUGUUGGUGCAGCACACUGCAUUGACAGCGUGUGCUGCUUAUGGCUAGAGGGUAAGAUGUGUCUGAGCAUGCUGGUGUCCCCUGACAGCUCCGUGAUGCCACGGAGCCCCACUGAAUGAACCCCAGUACUUGGUUCAAAAUUUUAAGAUUCUGUGGUGUCCCCACAGUCCAUGGCUAGUUGGGAAGAAAAGAGGUGUUGGUGGGGUCAGGUGACCUAAGAACAAGACAUAGGUGAGAAUUAUUUUUGACUUUAUUGUGACCCAUCCCCAGCCCCUGUUUACAGGACAAACCUGUAAAUCUGAGAACUUUUUGCCCAGGCAGGACUUUGCUACUGAUUAUCUUCCUCUCUGGCUUCCUGCUGUGCUCUCCACCAGACCCUAGACUACUCAACUCUGAAAGCGAAUUUAAAUCCCUUUAUAGAUGGACACUGAAUUUGUUGGCAUAGGAGCAGGCCCUAUGAAGUGGUGGUCUCUGUCUGGGAGUGUGUACACGUCCCAGUCACACAGGUGUGUCAGAAAGCGGGUGCACAGUAUCCAUCUCAGUGUGGUGGUAUGUCAUGAUCAAUGUCAAAAAGAAGAUGGCCCCCGGGACAGCGAUCCUGACAUUUUCCCCCUUCUGGUCCCCACCCACCCCACCUGGAGUAGCUCAAGUCUCUUCUGAAGCAGAGAAACAUUGCUGUCUAACUCCUUCCAUUAAAUUAAGAAGUACUGACCUCCUAAUAUUUAACUGUUUACUAUCUGCUGUAAAGUUUUGUAUAUUUUGUAACCCUUUUCCUCCCAAACAGUAGACAUCAAAAAUCGUACAUCUGAUUCUUUUAUAUUCCAUUGUUCAGCACAAAGUGUGGUUUUUAUUUAGAAUAAAAAAGAGAC